AUGAUGUCUAUGAAAUGUAUAUCCACAUUCCUAGCAUUUUGUUUGUUGUCCACUACGGUCAAUGCAUUUUUGAACAAUAAUUUGUCAAUUCAAUUGGAUGCGCCAUGGCAGAAAAUCGACUUUCUUCCGAGUUUGAUUGAAACCGUGGCAUCUUAUAAUUCAUCAUUAUAUUACACAACCAUUGAAACGAUUUUCGGACUAGAUGAUUCAGACAAUGAUUUUGAUGAGGAUAGUUCCGAUAAGAAUAUAUAUGAACAGAUUUGCAAAAAUCUUGAUAAAUACACUAAAAGUUUUGUUGAUUUUGAUUUAAUUAACAAGAAACAUGGUGCAAGAGUAGUAUCCCAUUAUGAUCAUUACCAGCAGGUUCUUUCUCGAAUGGGAGACAGAUUGCAAAAAGAAUGUGAAUAUGAUUCAUUUGGAAAUGAGGUGAAGAAGAAGAACGGUCAACUUCAAACUUGGUUACUCUAUAAUGAUAAGAUUUAUUGUUCUGCUAAUGAUUUGUUUGCCUUGCGUACUGAUACAAGUAAAGAGAAAACAUUAUUGUUUGACAGAGUAUUUGGAGACAAUGAAGAGGCACCUUUGUUGGUAUUAUAUGGGAAUCCAGUCGAAGAACUGACAAAGGAGUUUUUCAAAGUGUUAUACCCAGACGCAAUGGCGGGGAAAAUCAGGUUUGUUUGGAGAUAUAUUCCAACAUUCCGUAAAAGACAAGAUACUCUUCCAGGAUACGGCGUAUCUUUGAAUAUGAAGAAUUAUGAUUAUGGAAAUGGAGAGAAAACAUCAAAUUUUGAUUUAAACAAAGAUUUACACAAGAUAAAUGAUUCAGGUAUCCUUAUACCAGUUCCAGAGAAAAAUCGUGAUGAAUUGGGUAUAAAGUUUACUUCAUUUAUAUUAUCAAAUAGAUACAAGAUUCACAAGUAUGAGUUAUUGUCUACAUUGUUGAAUGAUUUCCCAAAGUUUAUACCAUACAUUGCAAAAUUGUCCAAACUGUUUAAUUACGAGAAAGUCAAGACAAAAGUUACAGCGAAUCAAGACAUAGGAAUGUCUGAUGAAUCUUAUGGUAUUUACAUCAAUGGUUCACCAAUCCAUGGACUUGAGUUGGAUAUCUACAAAUUGGGUAACAAAAUUCGGGAAGAAUUGGAAACUAUUCAGAAUUUAGUAAAGCUUGGGUUUGAUAGUAUCCAAGCUAAAUUAUUGCUCACAAAAUUUGCCUUACUUUCAGCAGUUAAGCAAACCCAAUUUCGUAAUGGAAACACAUUAAUGGGAAAUAACGAAAAUAGAUUUAAAGUUUACCAGAGUGAAUUUGAAAAGGGCAAUCCUGGUAAAGGAGGUGUUUUAUUUUUUAACAAUAUCGAGGUUGAUGUUACUUUCAGUGAAUACACUACUAAUCGUGAGGAGGCUUAUUUGGGAGUUAGUUCUUAUAAAUUGAAACCAAACCAGAUCCCACCAUUGAAAGAAAAUAUCCAUGAUUUGAUCUUUGCUUUGAAUCUUGCCAAUAAGAGUCAACUUCGUGUGUUUUUUACAAUUGCAAAGGUCAUUUUGGAUUCUGGUAUUCCACAACAAAUUGGAUUGAUCCCUGUUAUUGGUGAUGAUCCAUUGGAUAAAGAAAUUGCCAGAAAGUUUUAUUACAUUGCUGAAAAUUCAAACACCCCAGAAGCUCUAGCAUUGUUGUACAAAUAUUUUGAUUCUGCAAAUUCAGAUGAAGCUGCUGCUAUAUUAAAUCAAGUUAAAGUAAGUAAAAAUUUUGACGUGGAUUAUAACUAUGUUUUAGAUAAGUUUUCAAUUACAGAAGCAUCGGUUAUAUUCAAUGGUGUUAUUUAUGACUUGAGAUCCCCAAAUUGGCAAAUUGCAAUGAGUAAACAGAUUUCUCAAGAUGUUUCACUCAUUAAAUCAUUUUUAAGACAAGGACCUGUGGAAGGGAAAUUGAAAGAUAAGCUUUAUUCAAAUGCCAAAGAAAAACGUAACUUGAGGGUAAUUCCUCUAGAGCCUAGUGAAAUCAUCUACAAAUCAGUCGAUACUGAGUUGUUAAAUGAAUCUAUUGCUUUCAAGAAAAUUGAUAAGGAAGAUGGAGUUUCAGGAACAUUCUGGUUAGUUUCUGAUUUCACAAAAGUCGAAAUGUUCAAUCAAUUGAUUGAUUUAUUGAGCUUCCUUAAGAAGAAACCGAUUCAAGUACGGGUAGUUAAUACUGGAGACAGUAAAGUUUUUAAAAGUUUACAUAAAAAUUACAAGCUAACCACUUUGACAAACUCCCAAAUUGAAGAGAUCAUUGAAGUUUUAGAGGAUGCUGAACUUUCAAAGUAUGAUAAUCCUGAAGUUAAACGAUUGCUCGAGAGGAAACACUUGCCGCUGCAUCAUUCAUUUAUGCUAUUCAAUUCUAGGUACUUCAGAUUAGAUAUCCCUCUAGAACCCACUGAAUUAGAAGAACUUUUGGAAUAUGAAUUCACCCAAAGAUUAAAUUUAUUUAACGAUAUUUUGUAUGCAUAUCCUGAUGAAUUUGAGUCUAAAAAAUUGAAUGAAUUUAAUCUGUUAGUUUCUGGAUUAGAUAGUAUGGACUGGUUUGAUUUAGUCAGUUCCAUAGUUACAAAGUCAUUUCAUGUUGAUGAAAAGAUGUUUAUUUCUGAUGUGAAUAGAUUUGAUUUCAGUUCCUUAGAUUUAUCAAACUCCAUAGAUGUUAGUGUUAACAAAGAGGAAAAUCCGAUUGAUAUAUUGGUCAUUAUGAAUCCAAUGGAAGAAUAUUCCCAAAAAUUGUUGAGUAUAGUUAACAGUAUCAAGACAUUCCCGUUUGUGAAUAUCAGAAUAUUGCUUCAACCAAAAGUGGUGUCCAACGAAGAAAUUAGAGUUCACAGAUUUUACCGUGGUGUGUACCCUUCUUCAGAUAUUCAAUUCGAUGAAAACACUGGGAUCGUGGUUGAAAAUAAUAUUGCUGAGUUCCACAAUCUUCCAGUUGAUACACGAUUGUCAACAGAAUUAGAUGUGCCUACUAAAUGGAUCGUCGUAAGUAAACUGAGUUCGACAGAUUUAGAUAAUGUUGCUUUCAAUAAAGUAGUCAAAUCGGUCAAUGGAAAAUUCUUGUUGAAACAUAUUUUGAUCGAAGGAUUUGCAAGAGAUAUACAUACAGGUAGAACUCCUGAUGGUUUAUCAUUCAAAUUGGUGCAUAAUAAUAUUACUACAGAUACUCAAGUUAUGAGUUCGUUGGAUUAUUUUCAACUCAAAGCCAUUCCUGGUAUUAGUUUAUUGUCAAGCAAUCCAGAGUAUAAUUUGUUAUCAGCCUCUGAAAAUAAGUACGAUUUCAACCAUGAUUCGUUAGACGAAGUUGAGGUACCAGUAUUUUCUUUAGAUGGGGUGACUUUGUAUCCUAGAAUUAGCAAAGGAGAUGGUAUAACGAAGUAUUCUAAUAGACAUGCUGAUAUAAACAUUUUUACGAUUGCUGGUGGUAGUUUAUAUGAAAAAUUAGCUAGUAUUAUGAUUGCAUCUGUACGCAAAAACAAUCCGGAACUGAUAAUUAAAUUUUGGAUACUUGAAAAUUACAUCACUCCUGAGUUUAGACAAUUAAUGCAAUUGAUUUCGAAAAAGUAUACUGUGCAAUAUGAAUUUAUCAAUUAUAAAUGGCCAAAAUUCUUGAGAAAUCAGAAAUCCAAGGAAAGAACCAUUUGGGGGUAUAAGAUUUUGUUCUUGGAUGUUCUUUUCCCACAAGAUCUUGAUAAUGUCAUUUUCAUUGACGCUGAUCAAACGUGUCGAUCUGAUUUAACUGAAUUGGUUAAUAUGGAUUUGCAAGGAGCGCCAUAUGGAUUCACGCCAAUGUGUGAUUCGCGUAAGGAAAUGGAAGGUUUCAGAUUCUGGAAACAGGGAUACUGGUCAGAUGUAUUGAAAGAUGAUUUACAAUAUCAUAUCAGCGCAUUAUAUGUGGUUGAUUUAAAGCAGUUCAGAUCAAUUAAAGCGGGUGAUAGAUUAAGGGCACAUUAUCAGAAAUUAUCCAGUGAUCCUAAUUCAUUAAGCAAUUUAGACCAAGAUUUACCAAACAAUAUGCAGAGACAAAUUAAGAUAUUCAGCUUACCACAAAAUUGGUUAUGGUGUGAGACAUGGUGUUCAGAUGAAAGUUUUAGAGAUGCCAAAAUGAUUGAUCUUUGCAACAAUCCGUUAUCCAAGGAAAAUAAACUUGAUAUGGCCAAGAGAUUAUUACCAGAAUGGGUUGAAUAUGAGAAAGAAAUAGACGAAUUGGUAAGCAAUUUGAAAGAAAUACUGCUGAGUGUGGAAGAUGAUGAAAAUGAAGAAAUGGAAGACGAUAGUAUUCUCUUUGAAGACACUGGUUUUGAUGAAGAAGAAGAAGAAGAAGAGGAAGAUUAUCACGAUGAGUUAUAG